AUGACUCAGAAUACCGGCGCUUUUGAGGCCCUGUUGCAGGAAGACCGUACCUAUCCGCCGCCGGCCGAUUUUGUGGCCCAGGCCAACAUCAGCGACCCUGGCGUGUACGAAGAAGCGCGGCGCGACCCCCAGGCGUUCUGGGCGCGGUGGGCCGGUGAGCUGGACUGGUUCAAACCCUGGGAAACGAUCCUGGACUGGUCGGAUGCACCCUUCGCCAAAUGGUUUGUGGGCGGCCAGUUGAAUGCGUCUUAUAACUGCAUCGACCGGCACCUGAGCGGGCCGCGCAAAAACAAGGCAGCCAUCAUCUGGGAAGGCGAACCCGGCGACUGGCAGGUGUACACCUACCGCGACCUUUACCGGGAAGUCUGCAAGUUCGCCAACGGACUGAAGAGUCUGGGCGUGGAGAAGGGCGACCGGGUAACCAUCUACCUGCCGAUGGUGCCGGAACUGGCCAUCGCGAUGCUGGCCUGCGCUCGCAUCGGCGCGCCGCACAGCAUCGUGUUCGGCGGAUUCAGCGCGGAGUCGCUGCGGGACCGUAUCGAGGAUUCCCAGUCCAAGGUGAUGAUUACCGCCGACGGCGGCUGGCGACGGGGCAACAUCAUUCCGCUCAAGGCCAGCGCCGAUGCGUCGGUGGAGGGCGAAACUCCGGUUGAGCAUGUCGUCGUGGUGCGCCGCACCGCUCAUGCCGACGAUCAGAUGCAGGCCGGUCGCGACAUCUGGUGGCACGACCUGGUGGCCGAUCAGCCGCUGACCUGCGACCCGGAGCCGAUGGACAGCGAAGACAUGCUCUUCAUGCUGUACACCAGCGGCACCACCGGCAAGCCCAAGGGGAUCGUCCACACCACCGGCGGCUAUAUGACCGGCACCUAUGCCACCACCAAGUGGAUUUUCGACCUGAAGGAAGACGACGUGUACUGGUGCACCGCCGACAUCGGCUGGGUUACGGGGCACAGCUAUAUCAUUUACGGGCCGCUCGCCAACGGCGCGACGACGGUGAUGUAUGAGGGCUCGCCCGACUAUCCGACCGGGACCGGUUCUGGGCUAUCGUGGAGAAGUACGGCUGCACCAUCUGCUACACGGCGCCCACCGGCCAUCCGCACGUUCAUGCGCUGGGGAGAGGAGUAUCCGGAACGGCACGAUAUGUCGUCGCUCCGGCUGCUCGGCUCGGUGGGCGAACCCAUCAACCCGAGAGGCAGGCCGUUCCCGGGCAUCGACGCCGCCAUCCUGGACGAGCAGGGCAACGAGGUUGGACCCGGUGGAGGCGGCUAUCUGGUGAUCCGACAGCCGUGGCCGAGCAUGUUGCGCGGCAUCUACGGUGACCCGGAGCGGUUUGUCCAGCAGUACUGGUCGAACUACGAGGGCAUCUACUUCACCAGCGACGGAGCCAAGCUGGACGAAGAAUCCUAUUUCUGGCUGCUGGGUCGGGUGGACGACGUGAUCAACGUGUCGGCGCACCGCAUCAGCACCAUGGAAGUGGAGUCGGCGUUGGUGGACAAUCUGAAGGUCGCCGAAGCCGCCUGCAUCGGGCGCAGCCACGAGGUGAAGGGUCAGGCCAUCGUCGCCUUCGUAACGCUGAAAGACCAGGUGGCGGCCUCCGACGACGUGAUUGCCGAGCUGAAGCAGCACGUAGCAGGCAAGAUUGGCGCGAUGGCGCGGCCGGACGACAUUUACUUCGCCGCCGAGCUGCCCAAGACGCGCAGCGGCAAAAUCAUGCGCCGAUUGCUGCGCGACGUGGCAGAAGGACGCGCCCUGGGCGACACCACCACCCUGGCCGACCCGGCAGUGGUGGAGAUGCUGAAAGAGCAAUAUGGGGAUGAGGAAUAG